UAUUGUUUUUAAUCACUUUCGGUUUCAAUCAUUUUUUGUUAACAUGAAAUGCAUUAUGAAAUUUAGAGUUUAGAGCUUUUAAAUGCAAAUUCCAAAGCCAAAAAUAGUGUACAUUCAAUUGCCAUAACAUUGAAAAUAUUCCAUUGUCUGUUAUUUCCACAUUGGGUAAACAUCAAUAGAAAAAUAGGAAAUGACUAUAAAAUUGUAUAUUACUUAGUUUUUAUUUGCUGACUUUAUCAUUUUUCAUUACUUCGUCAACUUCUCUGCUCAGCCAGUAGCAUCCAGACAACCAUCUGACGUUAUCUGUCACGGUCUUCCUCCUCUUCAUCUGAAGAGGAGAGGCGAAGGAUCGGAGGACCAAUGUGUGGAAUGUGUUUAUGAUGAAUAUUUAAUUGAAGAAAGUACUAAACAAAAACAAUAAACAAAUCAUGACCGUGAAGCUAUCAUAAGGACUGUGCUGACACAAGCAACUAACAUAGACAAUCACCCACAAACAAACAGUGAAACCCAGGCUACCUAAGUAUGAUUCUCAAUCAGAGACAACUAAUGACACCUGCCUCUGAUUGAGAGCCAUACUAGGCCGAAACAUACAAAUCCCCAAAUCAUAGAAAAACAGACUGCCCACCCCAACUCACACCCUGACCAUACUAAAUAAAUACAAAAACAAAGGAAAUAAAGGUCAGAACAUGACAUUAUCUCUGCCACUACUCCCCAUACUGUACUGUCUUUAGCCAUCUUAUUUAGCUAGCCUCCCUAAGUGUAAUGUAGAGCUGUCUGACAAAAUCAUUUUACUAGUUCUUCAAAGUAGACAAGGCAUACUUUCAUCAACUGUCUCUAUCCCUCCCUCUUUUGUGCAGUCUGUGUGUGUCUAACCUAAUGUAGCAGGUGAAACAGUGGAUCCGUCUUUGUCCGAGCCUGAAAGAACCGGUGCAAUGGAUUAUGGACUUGGCUGAGGACCACUCUGCGGGGGUCCACCCCCACCUCCCCCUCUUCUUUCUGAACCAUUGUUUCUUCCACUUCCUGUGAACUUCUACGACAGUGACUGAUUGCACGCUGCAUCUGCCAGUCGCCGCAGGUUCAAGACUACAGGGCUCCUUUGGAUCGGAGCCCCACACCAUGACUUGCUGAAGCCGUCUUUGCUGCUACCCAACCCCCUUCUCCUCAUUCAAGAUGGUCCCUCCGAAACGGAUGAGGAGGCGUCUCCUGCUGGCAGCCCUCGCACUCACUUCCUGUCUACUGUCCGCCAUGGCCACGCCCUUCCCCAAGGACCUGGAGCCAAUCAACGUUGUCGGAUGGGAGCACUCCUACCUCUGCCCAGGGUUCCAGGGGCUGGUGUCGGACAAUGACACAGCCAGACUAGGCCUGGACUUCCAGAGGAUGCUGAGGAUCAAUCACAUACUCUACAUUGCUGCCAGGGACCAUGUCUUUGCAGUAAACCUGACCACAGCUGGUGACGACUUCGUCCCCCAGCUGAAGCUCACAUGGAGGUCCAAGGAUGUGGCCAAGUGUACCGUGAGGGGUAGAAACAGUGAUGAGUGCUACAACUAUGUCAAAGUGCUGGUACCGCGGAACGAUGAGACCCUGUUUGCUUGCGGCACCAAUGCCUUCAACCCCACCUGCCGCAACUACAAGAUGACCACCCUGGAGCAGGUUGGCGAAGAGGUGUUGGGUCAGGCGCGCUGUCCCUUCGAGUCGGGCCAAUCCAACCUUGGCCUCUUUGCUGGUGGUGAUUUCUACUCUGCCACCAUGACCGACUUCCUGGCCAGCGACGCUGUCAUCUACCGUAGUCUUGGCGACGACAGCCCCGUCCUGCGGACCGUCAAGUACGACUCCAAGUGGCUCCGAGAGCCCCAUUUCCACCAUGCGAUCGAGUAUGGGAAUUAUGUCUACUUCUUCCUCAGUGAGAUUGCAGUGGAGUACACCACCCUGGGCAAGGUGGUGUUCUCUCGUGUGGCGCGGGUGUGUAAGAACGACAACGGCGGCUCUCCUCGGGUGCUGGAGCGCUACUGGACCUCCUUCCUGAAGGCGCGGCUCAACUGCUCGGUACCCGGCGACUCCUUCUUCUACUUCGACGUGCUGCAGUCACUCACCAACGUGCUGCAGAUCAACCAGCGCCCCGCAGUGGUGGGAGUGUUCACUACGCAAGCUAACAGUAUCCCUGGCUCAGCUGUGUGUGCCUUCUACAUGGACGACAUAGAGAAGGCCUUCAAUGGGAAGUUUAAGGAGCAGAAGACCAGUGACUCAGCCUGGACCCCAGUACCGGAGGAACAGGUGCCUAAGCCCAGGCCUGGUUCCUGUGCCGGUGAUGGCCCGGCCUCGGCCUACAAGUCAUCCAUCAACUUCCCCGACGACACGCUGACCUUCAUCAAGUCUUAUCCGCUGAUGGACGAGGCGGUGCCCUCCGUCAACGACCGGCCCUGCUUCACCCGCACCACCAGCAGGUACAAGCUGACUCAGAUUGCGGUGGACACCUCUGCCGGGCCGUCUAAGGACCGCACUGUAGUCUUUCUGGGCUCUGAGGAUGGCAGGGUCCUGAAGGUGUUGUCCAGCACUCAUCCGAACGCCUCCUUUGGCUCCCAACUCUUGGAGGACAUUGAUGUCUAUAACCCCUCUAAGUGCAACGUUCAAGGGCAGGAGGACAGGAGGAUUCUGGGAAUGGAGCUGGAUAAGGAGCAUCAUGCCUUGUUCGUGGCCUUCACCAGCUGUGUCAUCAGAGUACCACUCAGCCGCUGCACCGAGCACGGCGCCUGCAAAAAGAGUUGUCUGUCGUCCCGCGACCCAUACUGCAUCUGGCUCCGGACUGGGAGCUGUGCCAACAUGGCGCCAGGGUUCAAGGCUGGCUUUGACCAGGACAUCGAGGGAGACCACUCACUGUACCCUGAAAACUGCCAUGCAGAUGUCCUGGCGACCACACGAAACCAGAACUCCGCCGCAGACUCGGCCUACGGUGUCCGAAGGCUCCCUGACAUGGAGAAGUCCAGCCCCAGCGUCCACUAUACCCUCCUGAUCGCCUGCGUUCUGGUGGCCUUCUUCCUCGGCGCCAUCCUCUCCGGCUUCUUGGUGUCAUGCUACUGCAGUCACAACGCCCGCCGUGCCCACCGGCUUGGCAAGGACCCUGAGGCGUCCAUCCACCCUGCCCUUUCGUUGCGCAGCCUGGCCAAGCUAAACGGCCUGCUGGACGGCCAACCCAAAGAGGAGAAGCUGGACGUGUCAACGCCCAAGAUGUACAGCUCCUUCAUUCCCAGUGGGAAGGAGCACACUCCAGAGAGGCACGGGAUGUCCCUGGGAGACCCGGACCUUAACCUCUCCCAAGGGGAGAACCUCUCGGGCCUGCCCACCCCAGACUCCACCCCGGAGCUGCCCAUCAAGAACAUGAAGGCCUUCCGGAACCAGUGGGAGAGGAACCAGAACUGCAACAACGCCAAGGAGUCCAAGGCACCCCCCGGCACUGGCUUCAGCCUGGGUUCGUCAAGGUCCGUCACCCAGCAGGUGUUCCCCUUCUCUCACAGCCUGACCAACGGCCAAGCCCUGGGGCACCUGCCUGAGGAGAGGAAGAUCCCCAACGAUGAGCGUGCGCAGGGGGCUUCGGCCUCCCAAUCCUGCUGCCCGCAGACGGUGGUGGACGUGGCGGCCCUGGACGAGCUCCUCAAGCACAUCUACGAGGUCAGCGCCUCGGGCAGCCGCAGCAUCACUGUGCUGACCUCACCGUGUGCCCCCCUACCGGGUAGCUCCAGUUCCAGCCAUAACCACAGCAGCUUCAGAUCCCAGCCCCAGAUCCCCGAGACGGAGUCAGCCACGUACUACAGCUCCUCCACCCUGCCCAGGGACAGUCUGACCCGCCGCCUGGACAUGCCCCCAGACGCCGCUGCCUCCUCCUCGGCCGGCGCCACCCCACUGCAGCAGCAGUCCAUCCCCGAGCGAAGCGCAGUGACUCGCCACCACUCCCAAAGGCACUUAAUGAUCAAGAUGGGCAACGGAGGAGCCGUCCCGCGCCAACACAACUUCAGACAGGACGGGGGUGGGCUACCGCCCCACCAACUGCUCACCCGGAUGAACUCGUCAGGUGGUGGCGGGGGAGGGGUCGGCUGUGAGGUCCACCAGCCGCUCAUCCCCAGUGCCUGCCUGACACGGCAGCACAGCUACAGUGAACCACCCCACCUUCACCGCGCAGCCAUCGUACGCCGCACGGCCUCCCUCAAGCCCCAAGUGCCCCCCAAGCCCCUCUUCCUGCCUGCCACUUCGCCCGUAAAUGAGCAAGGCAAGUACAACUACUGAGCGCUAAGGAGUCGGACCUAGAGGCUCCGAAACGACAGGCGAUGUAACCGCGGUCCUCUGAGUUAGGGAAAGUGGAGCUGAAAGGGGGCAACUACUGGGACUGACACACCUUUUGGCGAGACGCCCGAGAAUAGCCUCCACACCUGAUGAAUGUCUUUGUACCAUAUUGGUAUUAUUGCAAUGCUCCUUGAGCACAGAAGGGUGAUGGAUUCACAGGAUAUAGAAAAUGUGGUGGUAUUAUUUUUUUUUGGGGGGGGGUGCGGUUCUAUACCCUUCAGUAAGGCCAAAGAAUACAUUAACAGGAGCCCCAGAACUCAAUGUAAAGGACAGAUCGCAAGUCGACCACCGACGCUAUGGAUAAUGCCUGUUCUAGCUUGGACCCAAGCCCUCAACCUAAGAGAGCACCUCACGACACGAACGAACACCCUGCCUGUAAUAUGUGUAUACUGUAUGUGUGUGUGUACAGGCAUAUGCACUGCACGUGAAGAUACACACAUGGCGUCGCCAUGAAGCAGCUACACGAACUGUGGUGAGACUCAACUCCUAGCCGUUUCUAGACCCUCUACGACAUGGAGGCCCCACUCAGUACACACGUUCGGUAUUACAUCCCUCGACGCAUGGGAUUUAGCAAUAACUUACCGUUGUGCAGCUAAGUGUCAACUGGACCCCUUGAGGUAAAAGGGUAGGUACUUUACUUCAUGCAGCAUACCUUGUGAAAUGACUCCUUUGAUAAUGCUUCAAGUGAUUCAUUCUGUGUUAAUGGAAUGAUGCUGCAGAACGAGACAUGAGCGUCAGUAUCGACCCAACAUGCAUCACAGAUUUGCCAUUUAUGUUUGUCACUGGCGGGGGUGGGGGGUUUCAUUGUCAUGAUACCUUAAACAAUGACCGGGGGGCUCUGCUGCACCGUGACAGGUGGCGGCCGCCUCGGGGCCUGAUAAGUUAGGAGAAUCCUUGACCUGGUAGUGCUAUGAUAACUCCAGAGGAAUUGAACUUGCCCCCAAUAUGACUGUCGUUGAAGAAGAGUAUAGGGGCGAAGUGCAUUGCAACCUCAAAAACGAGUUUGUUUCAUUCUUGGUGAGAAUUGGUUCCACGGUGAGGCGUAAUCAUUCAGGCUAUUCAAGUGUCUUAAACCAGGGUCCCGAGAAAUCACUCACAGGCACAUAGCGCCCCCUUAUGGACAAGCCCUUAAUAACUGUAAUAGUCAGUACUUAUGUUUACCAUAUUGCUAUUAACAUUGUGGAUAUUGGUGUAAAUAAAGGCAACUGUGGAAGAAUACUAGCCAAACUUUGAUUUGUAUGUGUUAAUGUGUGCCUUCUUUAAUAGCGUGGUGUGUUUUUAAAAAAAAAGAGUUAAAAAGUAUUUGUCUGCAUUCUCAGCCUGUUAUUACAAAUGAAUAUUCAGUCUUGCCUCCUGCACGGAUUCCAUAGAGGUUCUGUUUUGACUGGCAGUUGAAGUCUACAUUGUAGCUUGACAGAUGUAAAAAAGAACAAAUGGCAUUCCUUGUCUUUUCUUUUGUUUCAUGCUCUUCAAGCUUCUUUAUAUAUACUCUGUACCAGUCGAAAGAUUUGGAAUUUCCCGGUAAAGCUGGUUGACAGAAUGCCAAGAGGGUGCAAAGCUGUCGUCAAGGCUAACGGUGGAUACUUUGAAGAAUCUCAAAUAAAAUAUAUUUUGAUUUGUUUAACAAUUUUGGUUACUACAUGAUUCCAUGUGUUAUUUCAUAGUUUUGAUGUCUUCACUAUUAUUCUACAAUGUAGAAAAUAGUCAAACUAAAGAAAAACCCUUGAAUGAGUAUGUGUCCAAACUUUUGACUGGUACUGUAUAUAUUUUUACGACGGGGGGGGCGGGGCUAGAUGGAUAAGAUUGGAGUAGACCCAAAAGUGUAUCUGCAAUGUUAGGUCUGUUGAUCUGUGUUGUGUUUUUGAAAGUUCUCAAAUGUUUAACAAGGUAUGGACAUUAGGGUGAUGCCCAACUCUGCUUUUAAAAGACUGUCUGUAUUUAAGGGCUCCAUUCAAUCCGUAGAUUCCCCAAUAGAAAUGCAAAGGUCAUUUCCGAUUUGCAUUCGCGCUGUGCAUGUCGGCUCAAUCUCCGCUAAAGCAGGGACAUUGCCUUUUACUUUUCGGUCAUGCUAUAGAAUAGAGCCCCAGGUGUGUGGUGAAAGAAGCCAACUGACGGGGUGGUAAAUGAAAAUGCUGCGAGAGGCACUGAAAGGCUGGAUGGUUGAUGACGGCCUGGUCCAACAAAUAUGCUAUUCAAAUGAAGUUCAGCAUUAUAGGACAUGAAUUAGGUGUGUCUGGAGAUGCAUGAAGCGAUGACUACAGUGAGAAGUGCCCAUAGGGUAGAUAUUUAUUUGCUAUUACUGUGUAAAAAUGUUAACUCCACCCAACCUAUGUUGGUAUUUGUUUCAUGUUGGUACUAUAUCAACAAUGGGCUCAUGAAACAAAAUACCGAAAGAUAGUUUUGGGUUGUAACUUUCCUUAAAUACAGUAAUAGCAUCGUGUGUGUGUGUGUGUGUGUGUGUGUGUGUGUGUGUGUGUGUGUGUGUGUGUGUGUGUGUGUGUGUGUGUGCGCGUGCGUGGAACCAAGACUUUAACAAGCGAGUUGAUUGAGUGUGUGCACAGCACUGGCACCUUCUCUGCUUCAAGUUAAGCAGAAAUACAGAAUGAAUAUCAUAAUUCAAUGCUAAUGUCAAUUGCAAGACACAUAGCGUGGUUUUAGUGUUGUCAUGAAAUGCCUAUCUAUAGCCCCUCUCCUCUGGCCACUUUGACAACAAUCAAAGUUGAGUCGGUUGCUAGAAGAGAUUUUCCAAGUCAGAUGAAUGUGAGCUGGUUCCAUUGGAGGGCUUUCUGCCAUGUAUACCUUUUUCAAUUGCUAUAAAUAUGGCUUCAGAAGAAUGCUCUGACAUGCAUCUAAAAUGUAUUUCAUUUGACAUCUUAUGUAUCAUACCAUUCACUUGAGGUUUUGCUUUUUUGUUGUUGUAAAUAUAGCAAACCAGCGGUCACCUGCAUCUCUGUGGUGAUUUCUUUUCACAGGUGAACUAUGGCCCAGAUGCUCCUGAGUUCUAUUAAAUGCAGCUGUAUGUCCCAAUUUGAAAGAUAUCUAAUAAAAUGCUCUUCAAAUGCA